AUGAGUUACCCCUACCAAAUAGUUCAACAAACAAACAACCCAGCUCGAACUCCAGCAUCGUCAGCGGCAGUUCAACCCUCAGGUAGUGCCAACCAAGAUGCGCAAGGCGCAACCCAGCCAGAUCAUACAGCAACAUCAUCAACAUCAUAUCAACCCUCAGGUGGUAGCCACCAAGAAGUCCAAUAUGUACAAGGCCCACGCCAGGUCGUGGGUCCUAAACCGGCAGCGGUUGCACACGCAGGUGGUGUGACCCCUGCUCAAUUAAAAGAAGCACAAGAUCAGUACAAUAGUGCUCCCAGUUCGCAAAACCCUGCCCAAUACUCGGCGACGGUACCAGGGGAUGUCGCUGGAAAGAAAGAAAAAUCGCGUAAACAUAGCAAGAAGAGCGGUAGCAGGAGCCGAAGCGGAAGCAAGAGCAAAAGCAAAAGCAAAAACAAGGAUUGCCGAAUUCUUUAGGGAACGAGAUAUGGUUGCUGAACCGGUGCGUCAAAAAGCACUACCGCGUAUUGGUGUUAGGGUAUGAUUCAGGGGUAUGGUAGAGGUUCGGUUCAUAAGCGAUGGGAUUGGAGGAAGGGAAGGGAGAAAAGCUGGUUUUUCUUUUGGCUCGGAACGAAUAUUUGAAGACGGAUAUAGAACGCGGGAGGUAAAGGGAAACUUGUUUUUAACACUGCACUUGAUGCAUGAAAAAAGUAACUAGCCUGACUUUUAGAAAAUAUGACUUUGCCAUAAUCAUAUAUUCAUGACCCAAUGUGACUUGAUAUCGCCGUGGAGUUAAAACAAGCAAAUUCAGACCUGAAAGUAAUUAAUGAAGUGGUCAAAAAAUCAGUCGGGUUGACGGUGCUGACUGAUAGCAAAUAGCGGAAGUGCAGCUAACUGAAGUUUUGCAAUCAUUCAGUCAGCCAGUCAUUAUUUUCUCUUGGCUGAUUCUGCAUUUUUUAUUAUUUCGGAGUGAUUUUGUAGGGGCCUUGGGGAUAUUUUGCAGGAAUUUUCGGAAUACUUGUAAGACCUUAGGAAAAAAUAUUCUUAACCAUUUCAAUUUCUAAUUAUGGGGAGAUGAUUCGCAUAAAGUUUUGUGAGAAAAUGAUUGAAUUUGAUGAAUUAGAAAAAAGGAAAAGAUUCAAAACCAAAAAAAAGGUAUAAGUAUAUCUUCAUGAUUUAAAAUGAUUCCAGUAACAAUUAAGGAUCAUCCAAUAGCUAAUUCAGCGAUUGAUUGACUGGCUGCUCUGAUAACUGGAUAAUCUGCCCCCCUGAAUCAUUUUAACCGGAAGCGAGUUAUGAUACAUAUAGUAGAAAAAUAAGAACGAUCUGACUUUACAUUAGAAAUGUGAAAAAAUGAUGAAUAUUAGAAUGGAAAUGAUAAUUAACCAAGUCAUAAUAAACACUUGAUUUUCUAUAAUCGACUAAUAUCACUAGUCAACUAACCAGUAUAUAAUCCUUCAACUCUUCAACUCUUCAACUCUUCAACUCUUCAACUCUUCAACUCUUCAACUCUUCAACUCUUCAACUCUUCACCUCUUCAAACUCCUCCAAAAUCCAACCUUAUUUCGAUUCAAUAUUUUACUCUCCUAAAGAAAGAUCAUACCCACCUCAAUCAAACAUCGUAAGUAACAUCCUCACCCAAGCUCACAUAUGAACAACAAAUCUAACAUAUCACAGAUGUGUAGAAACUUUCUUACAGAGUAUGAGUGCAGCGACUGGCACGAGAAAGUCAAAAACGAGCGUCGCAAAGGGCACGGCACCUUCCACAAAUGUGAGGCGGCAUUGCAAUAUGAAGCCAUGGAGAGACAACGUUUGGGCCCCCACACAAAGGUGGCACACAUAUGCAAGCCAAUUGAGAUUGUAGGACUACUACAAAUUCCUAUAAUACAAAGAGCAUGUCGAGAGUGCGAAGAAAAAGCGCUGGAAGCUGCGAAGCGUUCAAGAGAAGCGGACCUUGAACGAAUCAGAACGAAACCACAACUUCAAGAAGUCACCGCAGCUCUGGGACCGGCGCCAAAAGAAGGGACAGGUGAGGUUGCAGGACCGAAAAUGGCGGAAACCCUUCAACUCCAGGAUUUCAUUAAAGGAGGAAAAGAUAGUGGCUCUCAACAAGAAAGGACAGAAGCUUGGAUCAAGGAUAUGUCUGUUCCUGAGCCAAAAACCAAGGAACAAAGUCCCGACACAUCGCGCGCCGCAGGUCCUAGCGGCAGCGGAAAGAGACGCAGAAGCAGAAAAUAA